AUGCAAUCCAAAAGACACCACACACGGACCGAUGCUGCCAGCUCGAAGCAUACCAAGCAAGAAGGGAAGGAUCGCUCUCGAAACGCAUCCAGAGAGUCAAGCGCAGCUGGGUCCACACCCCAAGCAUUUGCGGAUUUCCUCUCUGCAGACCUAUCAGAUACCAUACCAGAUGAAUCCAAUGAGUUCGAAAGCUCGUUGCAUUUCGCAACUGAUGCGAGCAACGAUGAUGCGCUGUUCGACUUCAGUCUGGGACAGGCCGGUGCACCUAGUGGUAAUGCAUCAGCAGGAGAAACUCAAAAGUGCUUACAGGUCAUGAAGGUCAGUGUUACAUCUCCUAGACCUCCAUUGUCCAAUGCUGGAACUCCCGAUAUCUUCUCCGACUUCUUAGUCGACCCUUACGAUCCCUCGUCAACCCGAACCACCGAAAGUACAUCAAAGGAAGGUCGUCCCUCAACAGAUGUGGCACCUGAAGUCGGAACUGAUCAGUUGGUUCUUCCACCUGUACCUGAAGGAUAUGGUUACUCGGUCGACGAUCCUCGAAGACGAUUCGAGCUGAAUGAUAAAUUCGAGGCACUACUUGAUAAAUUCACCGAAUCAUCCACUCUGUGUAAAGCACAUGCGGGAUCUUAUUCAAUUAAGCCAUGCCCUACUGACGUGUCCAAACGAACUCCAAGUUUGAGUAUCAUAUGGAGCCUUGCCACACUGCAUAUUGGACCGUACUGUAUACUGUACCUCGCUUGCAGACAUGAUGACUUUGCUGAGUUGAUCGAUAUUCGUAGUGUGCCGAGUCAAAGAUCAGGAAAGAAUCAUGCUUAUUUCGUGAAGAACAGAUUGGACGAGAAAUUCCCAGGUUCAGCCGAUAGUGUUAGGAAUACUAUUACUGAUGAUCAAGUGGUGCCGGUCUUCAAGAAUGAGCAUAGGAAGUUCAAUGAUAGAUCAACUGAUUGGAAACGUUAUGUGCCUCAGCAAGAAUAUGACGACUUCAAUCUUGAAGAGGAGUUUGCAGGCCUGAGUCUUGGCAGUGGCAUCACCAACACUCAGCCCGAAGCUGAGCAAGGGAAAAGUGAGGUCUUCGAUCCUGAACAAUUCCUCUUGGAGAACCCAAAUCUAGGAACCAAUUUUUUCGAUACCACCGGUAGUAGCCAAUACCAAUAUGAUGCAAGUGACGUCCAUGGCGAUGUAGCAACGACUGCUGUGCUUCAUCCACCGGUAAAACCCACGAUGGCUUUUCCUCUACCUGAUAUCAAGGAUCGACUAGGACAAGGAUACGACCCCGAAGAAAUUUGGAAGGAGUUCACCGAAAUUGCCAAUAAAGGGUUAAAUGAGGUUUUCCUUUGCAGUGCCCAUAGUAGAUGGAGUGCGAGUGCUGAUUGUUAUAUUUCGGAAUGCCCAUCGAGUAAUAGAAGAAGAACUGCUGAGUGCGGGGUGUAUACUCGAAAUUUCCCAGUCAGAGAGUGGAUCCGCAAGAUAAACUAUAAAUAUAGUGAACAAGGUCUUCCAGCACGGGCUAACGGAGACAAAGAGAAAUUAUUGAUCGAUUCCAUCUGCACACUGGUCGAGAGAUUCCGUUUCCCACUUGAGGAAUACCCUUCGAAUAUGUACACUCAGAUCAGUGCGGGUGUCUAUGAGGAGUACCAACAUAAGAAAGAAGCACUUGAUGAUCAUAUCACUUACACUAGGACGGAUACGCACCAGACCUAUCUUAGGGAUUAUGAAGCAUAUCGUUUGGCCGUGUCAACAUACACUCGAGAGAUGAGAUUGGCAGCAGUGAGACAGUAUCCACAGGCUUCACCUUCAGCAGCUUCUGCGGUCGGUCACACUCAUCAUAGCACUUAUGAGUAUUAUGCACACAAUACAGGAAUGGAAGAAGGAGACUAUAUAGACCCUUCUCUCCUCCACAGAUAG